UGACGUCAUGACGCUUCGACCUCCGAGGAGGACCGGUGGCUUGGUCUGUGUCUGGCAGAAGGAGCCGUCAGCUGUGGAGGAUAUCGACUUACGGUUCUGUUCAAUAUAAACACCGAGAAAAGCAAAAGCCGCGGAUCCUCUGCGACACGACGGGAGAUGGACAACAGUAAACGGACUGUGGUCGUGACAGGUUUUGGGCCAUUUGGAGAGCACAAGGUCAACGCCAGCUGGGUAGCAGUACAGGAGCUGAAGAAGCUUGGACUGGGAAAUGAAGUGGACCUACAUGUGCAUGAGGUUCCUGUAGAGUACCAGAAAGUCCAGAGUUUGGUUCCUUCGCUAUGGAAGCAGUACCAUCCACAGUUGGUAGUCCACGUUGGCGUCUCGGGCAUGGCCACCACUGUCACGCUGGAGAAGUGUGGCAAAAAUCACGGCUACGAGGGUCUGGACAUUAGUGGCUUCUCUCCUGAUUCACAGUGUUGCAUCGUAGGAGGCCCAGAUUGCAUCGACUCUGGUAUUGACAUGGAAUUAGUCUGCAAGAGAGUGACCACUUCGGGUUUAGGAGUAACUGUGUCUGUUUCCAAAGACGCUGGAAGGUAUCUGUGUGACUUCACCUACUACACAUCUCUGUACCUGAGCCACGGUCGCUCUGCCUUCAUCCACGUGCCUCCUCUUGGAAAGCCUUACAGCGGUGAAGACCUGGGUCGUGCGCUGAAGGCCAUCAUCCAGGAGAUGCUGGACCUUCUUGACCAGGCCGAGGAGAAGAUCCACUGCCAGCAACACUUCCACUAAGUGACCUCCCGAUGCCAACCAGCCUCUCCAGCCCUCACCACACAAGAGAAAUUGCACUUAACCACAAGUAGCCAAACCUUUUUUUAUGUUGUCUAUUCUUAGACAAAAUGAAACUGCAUGCAUGUUUUGCUUUUUGUUAUGCUAGACCUGAUUCACUAAUAUUUUAAUUCCUCCUGAUUGUGAGAAUAUAAAAUGGGAAUUUGAACGUAGCCCUUGGUUAUUUUUUCCCUGCAUCUCAUAGGUUCUGCUGCUCAUAUCUGUCCGUGCAGUCCAGCCGCAAUGCAAAUUUACAGAAAAUGUAGCAUUUUGACAAGCUUAAACCCCAAAUCGUGGCUCCCAUUGUUGCACCUUAUCGGGUUAGGGUUAUUCAAUUAGUUAUGGAAGUCACACAUGGGGAAGUUGUUAAAGCUACUCUACAUUUUUAAAUUUCAACGUUUCACACUAAAACAACAUUUUAAGUUCAAUGUUUUAACAAGUGUCUAUGAUGGUUAAUGUAUGUGAUACAUUAUGGUUUUAGUAGAAAUGUUUAGCACUGAACUGUGUUUGCUCGUCUGAUUUUCCUGCAGAUAUUAUUUGUAGCUGCUCUAAAGCCUUAACUCUCCUGUUUCACAUUUGAUGUUGAAUUAUUUCUUGAAUCCUUUUGUUCUUCAUAAGAAGUUGUAAGUUUGCCUUCUUUUACAAAGGUUAUUGAAAUCUGGGAACGGGUUGGUCCAGCUCAUAUCCCGCAACCCUCUCCACCCCCCAAUUCUCACAGAAAUACCUAGUUGAUGAAAUUUUUAAGGCGUUUGACGUUAUGUAUGUUGAACUGUGUAGAAAAAUCCAAUUUUUGAAACUUGAUUUAACAUUAGGGCUAAAUUUCAGUUUUCCCCGUGCAGCUCUAACUGGCCUUCCUUGAUUACAUGUUUCACCGUCACUGAAUCAAACCUAGUUACUUAUUACACCUGAAAAUUGAAGUAGAUUUUUUUUUCUGUGAGAACAGGGAUGGAGUUUUAUUUCUGUAGCACUUUCCUUUUGCCUCUCUAUCAUUUAAUGUGGAAUUUUCCAACAAUGUGAAAGCUACUAAUUUUUAUUUCCUGUCUUUUUAAAUUUAAACUUUCCACACUUACUUGCCUUUAACCUUUCCCUUUAAUUACCACAGAUUUGCUUCUUUACCUGAGCUUUCAUCUUUAUCCUGUUUAAACAAAAUUCAGCAGAUUCCUUCACAGCAUGUGAUUCGUGUCAUCACCAGGUGAAACUUUAUGACUUGUUUUAUUGGAGUUUCUUUUGUUUUAUUGUGAGCCAAAUCUUUAUAUUAUACAACACAGCUACUUUUAAAAAAAGGCUUAGAAAUGAUAGCAUGGAAUUGUGAACUUAAUGAUUUCCACAACAGUGAGUCGUGGAUACUGUUUUAAAACCUUGUAGCUAGUCUAAACUAACUGAAUAUUGUUUAUAGCAUUGCAGCAAUAAUCUUGAGACCUUUUCUUAAGAUUAGUUUAAGUUUAUUGUAAUUCACACCUCAGCUUUGCAAGUUGCCAUUUGUGUAUUUGAGUAAGUUGUCAAUCUUUUUAGCUGUGUGUCAUUUCAAUCACUGUUUUCAGUAAGUUUCAUAUCCUGGAGAACUGAGGCGUGAGUUACCACCUUCUCAGACCUAGAUUUAAUUUUAGCCUUUGUUUUUUUGACUUACAUUGUUAACACGUGGUUUAAAAAUCUUAGUGGCGAACAGGUUUUAGAUCCGUUUUUAGGUGCUGACAUAUUACUGUGUCUUUGUGUUGAGUUGUGGAGGAGCUGCCCCGUGUAUGGUCUGCUUACUAAAGCGAAAGCCUCAAGUUUACAUAUGAGGUGACCUGUGACCCCGACUUUCUCCUGUGCCUUGCUGUUGUUAAUGUGUGGUAUGAGAAGACCUUACAAAUUUCUAGAGGGCCUGAUCAAAGAUAUUACUGAUGCUGUCCUGUCAGAUGUGUGGCUACCUCAAAAUAAUUUUUUUAAUUAUCUCAGUUUGUGCUCUGUUGUACAAUAACAUUAUGGCUCUGAUUUCAUGUAAAUCCUGUGUUUAACUAUAUCCUACGUUUUUGUCAUUAACAAAGCACUAUUACGAUCUGUAAUCUCUGCUUUGUUAAAGAAAAUGCUUUGAAAUUACGAGAAAUAAAGGACUACCGACAAUG